GGCCUGGGCAAGAUGGACGGACGGUAUCCUUGAAGUGACUGGCAUGAACUUGAAGGAACUGGGGGCGGCGACGGCGGACAGGGAGCUCUGGCGUGGACUGGUCCAUGAGGUCACGAAGAGUCGGAAACGACUGCGUGAAUGAAGAAGAAAAAAAGAAGAGUCCUUUCCUUCUUUUCAGCCCUAGAGGGCAAGGAGUCGGGUAUCUGGAAAACACGCUUUCUGGGGACGACCUUCCUCAGACUUUCCACGGAGCUGCCCUUGACUGUGGGAUUGCAAGGGAGAGCUGCUCUCUUUCCAAUCUCUCUUUCUCUCGUGUGACAGUCACAACAGCAGCAGGCAAGGCAUCUUUCUGUGCCCCGUCCUUUCCCUUCCUCUCUGCGCCCACCCAUGGCUUUGCAAAAGGCGCAAGAGGACGGCGAGGCCAGGGCGCCUCAUUGGUGCUCCCUCCCGCUGCCCCGCCUGCCGCCCUCCCACCAAUAGCUUCUCUUUCCACAAUACACCGAAGGGCAACAGGCUUCACUGCCUGUAUCUGGAGAGAUAAAACAGGAGGAGGAAAGGGAGCAGUAGCUGGAAAAAGGGGGCUAAGCUUCUCCCCCGACUCGCAAAGCACGAAUUUGGAGACGGUGCCUGGUGGGAGCCAGCCAGGCAGGGAGGCAAGGGACGUCUGCCUGGCUUGGCGUGCGUGGCGUGGCGAGAGGCCGAGGAUGGCUGGGCUGGGCGGAGGCGCGGCUGGGCGGAGGGCGAGGAGGCACCUGCCCAGAGGAGGCGCGCUCCGGAGCGGCGGGAGGCGUCCUCGGGCUCCAGAGACGCGGUGGCGGCGGCGCUAAGUUGGCGAAGAGCUCGGAGGAUGCGCCCCGAGCAGCCGCGGGAGAAGGGCGCCGCCGGGGAAGCCAGCCCGGUCUCCGGAGGAGCCUGACAGAUAUCCAUUUCCAUGCACAGUCCAUGUAUUCGAAUAUGGGAACAUCCUGUGCUAUUGGUCCAACCUUCAUAAAAGGGUUUGCCCUGAGAUUCAAAUGAGAUCAUGGUUUCAAACUGCUCUUGGAGAUUAUGCAAACACGUUGCUGUAGCUGUACUAAUGUCUCCUGGCAAAUAAUCUAUGGAUCACAGAAUAUGGCCAACAUAGCCCCAGCUCUACUGAUCAUGGUCAACAAGACCUUAAACUACUGGGAUCCCAGUUUUGAGGAUGAGGUCAUUAACAUCAAUGUUGGGGGCCUGAGAAGAAGACUUAGCUCAAGUGCCCUCUCCAAGUUCCCUGACACUCGCCUCGGGCGCUUGCUUUUCUGUGACUCAGAGGAGUCCAUCCUGCAGCUCUGUGAUGACUAUGAUGUGGGUGCCAGGGAAUUCUACUUUGAUCGCAACCCUGGCUUCUUCCUCUAUGUGCUCCAUUUCUACCAGACUGGCAAGCUGCAUGUUAUGGAGGAGCUGUGUGUCUUCUCCUUUUGCCAGGAGAUAGAGUACUGGGGUAUUAAUGAAUUUUUUCUGGACUCUUGCUGUAGCUACCGCUACCAUGAACGGAAACUUGAGAGUGGGCAUCACAAUUGGGAUGAAGAAAGUGAGGUCAGUAGUGUGGACACUUCCCCAGAUGAGAUCUUGGACUUCAAUCAUGACCUGCUUCAUUACAGCACGCUGCGCUGUGGCAAUCUGCGCAAGCGCCUGUGGCUCACUAUGGAAAACCCAGGCUACUCCAUCCCAAGCAAGCUCUUCAGUUUUGUCUCCAUCAGUGUUGUAGUGGCUUCCAUAGCAACCAUGUGCAUCCACAGCAUGCCAGAGUACCAACAGCCUGAUGAAGAGGACAAUAUGAAGGAUGACUCUGUGUUGCAAAACGUGGAGUACUUUUGCAUCUCCUGGUUCACUUUUGAAGUGACUGCCCGCUUACUGUUGGCUCCAAAUCGGAGGAAGUUUUUCAGGCACCCCUUGAACCUGAUUGAUAUUGUCUCAGUCUUGCCUUUCUACUUCACCCUUUUGGUGGAUGUCACCCUGGGGAGUGACUCAGAGCUAGGGAAUCUGGGCAAGGUGGUGCAAGUCUUUCGCCUCAUGAGGAUAUUCCGGGUGCUGAAGCUGGCCAGGCAUUCAACAGGCUUGAGGUCCUUAGGAGCCACACUGAAGCACAGCUACAGAGAAGUGGGGAUUCUUCUGCUGUACUUGGCUGUUGGGGUGUCUGUCUUCUCUGGAGUGGCCUACACUGCAGAAAAGGAGGAACAUGUUGGCUUUGACACCAUCCCAGCCUGCUGGUGGUGGGGGACAGUUAGCAUGACGACUGUAGGCUAUGGAGAUGUUGUACCCGUGACUGUUGCUGGCAAGCUGGCAGCUUCUGGUUGUAUCCUCGGUGGGAUUUUGGUGGUGGCACUGCCUAUUACUAUCAUCUUCAACAAGUUUUCUCACUUCUACCGCAGGCAGAAGGCUCUUGAGGCUGCUGUGCGAAACAGUGGCAAGAAGGAGCCAGAGGACUCUGAGAAUUACCCAAGUCAAGAGUCUGAGAUUUUAAGUGAAGUUUACCAGAGAGAUGAUGAUCUUACCAGAAAUAUCCUCCCAGUCCAUUGAAUGGAGUGAUGGUUGGGAAUUGAUGUGUUCCGGCGUUUUAGCAGGCAAGUUGCUAGUAAGAUGGUAGCAAGAGCAUUCUCUCAACUGACAUGGACCUCAUCCAUUAUCAGUUACCUGUUCCAGAAACGUUGGCGAGGCAACAUUUGACUUUGAGCCAGUAUAGAAUUCCUGUUGACCGUAUGCAUCUGGACUUCCAGUAUCUCACCUGGACAUGCACACUGUGACUAAUCAAUUUAUCCAUCAUGAACAUUUGGAUCCAAAAGCCGGGGAUACUAUGUUUCUUGAUCACAGCCCUCCAAAGCAGUAAAAGAGGGUAGCUUCUCCAUCGUAAGCACUUCCUAAUUAUGCCUAUUCCCUUCUGGGAGGGGAAGACAUUAGUAGCUUCCUUCAGAUAUGACAAGUAUCAAGUGACAGGAUUGCAGGAUCAGAGUCUAACAGAUAGGAAAUUAUGCAGCCAUGUGGCCUUUCCCUCCCUUCAGUUCCCCUCUAGUAGUUGCACACAUUCUCUGGGACAUAUAUUCUGCAAUUCACUUCAACUAAAUGCUCUUCCACUGUCCAUGAACAUGCUGAAAUACUCUUUCACCAUUCCCCAAAAUGCUGAUGCUUGGCAUUAUUUCUGUUCUGGCUUAUUUCUGUGCCAUGAUUUAUUAUUGAUUUUCAUAUGUUGCCAAAGAGACUGGACAUUCAUUCUGAAGAUUAUCCUUAAUGCUGUGACAUAUUGUUGUUUAUGACUUCCAGAGAGUGGAGAUUUGUAGAAGAAAUAAUCUCCUGACUUGCCUUAUGAGAUGUCUGUUUGACAGAGAGUUGUACAGGCUAGCAGUAACUUGACAGGGCCUAGAAAGAGUCUAAAUAGAUUUAAAGCUGAUGUAGAAAAAUGGACCAGGAUAUGUAUUUGUGUAUGGUGAUGCUUGAGUAUGCUGAAUGAGGUUUGGAGCACAUGUUACAAUCAUCAAGGAAGGGGGUUAUAAAUACUGUAUGAUUUAGUUCUCCAUUAUCAAGUCUCUAUCCUCCCCCAACCUCUCAAUGAUUGAAAUGAAAUUGAUUAUUUUAUUUUUAAACUAUGCAAGAUAAAGAAUGUGGAUGAGGAACAUAGCUUUCUCCCCUUUCUUUCUCAACAUUGGCUCUAAAAGCCAAUGAAAAUGAUGGAUACUAGUUUGGGUGUGGAAAUAAAUAAAGCCAGUCCUCCACAUUCUAGGGGCAUUUUGGGGACUCUAUCCACCCUCCAGGAUGACUCUGUGGACAGCUGUCUCUGGAAGCUGAUCAUAGAAUUAUACUGGAAAACCUGGAAGUUCUGAGGGAUAGCAUUUUAAUCAAAUCUGUGAAUAAUCACAUCUACAAACGUCAAAACCACAAAUGUGAAUAACUGACUGUACUUCUUCAAACAAUGCGUAAUUUCUUGUCACAAGAUGUCUUGGUAUCCACCGAGUAAGCAUUAAAGGGACAAUUUUGUAGAGGAUGAGGUUUGUCAGUAUCCAUGAGGGAUAAAUUGAGCUUCCACAUUCAGGGCUAGUACACUCCUGCAUAGCAGUUGCAUAUCUUUGGACCCAGGUCUUGAGUUUCUUGGAUGCACCUGGCUUUUUGGAUUGCCACCGCAAGGGGAGAGUGUCCAUGAAUCAUAUUCCUGGCAGCUAAUGGUAAUUAUAUGAAGACGCUAUGUAUGAUAACUAUCAUACUUUAUCUUAUUGCAAGAGGUGGUGAACAUUUUGUCCUCAGGAUAAUGGACUCCAAUUACCAUAAUCCUCAGGUCAUUAAGACCAGCAUUUAGGGAGAUAUGGGCACAUAUAAAAGGCCACAGGUUGCAUUUCCUAUAAUCUCUAAGGCAGUAGCAACAUUUGCUCCAGCUACUAAGAUCAUCAGAGGUUGGUUCAAUCAGAUGUUUUUGGUAUUUCUGCUCCCAAAAUUCUUCAGUGUUGAUUAUGAUGGCUUGGGCUGAUGAAGGUUAUAAGAAAGAAAGAAAAAACAUCCAGAAUGCCAGUUUACCAUUUUUGCUUGUCCUUGCAAAUAAAUAUACACAGUUAUUCUUGAAGAUGUUUUUAAUGUUGGCACAUUUACCUCAAGAUUGAAGAUGCUUUAGUCAUGCUGGGAGUUCUGUGACUUAGGACCUCAUCACAUUAGACAAUUUUAACAUCCUAGGAUGCUUACAGGACGCUGGGAGGAUAGAGCCUGCCGGAUCCCAUCACACGACGCAAAGCUACUUCAGGUGGGGUUCUGUCCUCACAGUGUUCUGCAAGGGUCCUAGGAUGCUGCCCAGUGAACAUGGGAGGCUUCCUGUGUUCUCAUUGACAAGAACAGAGGUAAGCUGUGUGGCAGCACUUUCCCUGUAAGAUGGGGAAAGCGCCAAUGCGGGUGAUGCAGGGUGACAGUUUUCCCCGCUGCCCACCAGAUUCACCACACUGACUGGUAAAUCCCCCCAUUAUCACCCACAAAUUGGACCUCAAUGUGAUGUGUUUUAAAGUCACCAAUUGUGAGAGAGGGACAAACUUCAGCCCAAGAUGCUUGCAAAUGCAGCUUGUUACAGUGAUUUACUCAUCAUGGAUCACAAGGAGCACACAGGAUCAAGUGGCAGCAUGUCAUCAGUAAGACCAAAUUAAAUGUUAUAGCAUGGUAUAUCAAGCAAGCUUUUUGAGGAGAACAGUUUUUCCUCAAGGUGGAUGUUUUUUUCGGAAAAUAAAUGCAAAGGUGUGUUGAUGGGAAGGAAAUACUGAAUAUAGUACAGUCCUUGCAUCCAAGAUAGGGGUGGGGGGGGGGGGGGGAGAGGAUAUGUUCCUGGACUUUGCAAGCAGAUAUAUGCAGGCCCUAAUGACAACAAAAACAAACUCCUGAAUAGGGCUAAUGUUUGAUAAUGAGGGUAUAGUAGAUAUGAUACUAUGAAAUGCAGUUGGUUUUCACACCAGUGUAUUCCACAUUUGUAUGCACAAAAGAAAUUAAAACACUACUAGCAGGUACUGGUGUGGUUGGUCAUUGAAAAUCCCCUACCAUAUAGUAUAAUAGGGGUGGAAUAAGUGCAAUGUGUGGGCCACAUGAGCCAUUCAGACCCAAAGUAGUGGAAGGUUGCAUUUAUGGCCAUUGUUUGUGUUGUAGGCUUUUGUCUUGUUUUGCCAUUAGUUGUUGUUGUAUGCUUCAAGUUGCUUUUGACUUACGAAAACCAUAAGGUAUCCCUAUCACAUGGUUUUCUUGGCAAGAUUUGCUCAGAGAGAGGCCUUCAAUCACUAACAUAAAUUAAGCGUACGAGGAGAUUGCUUGUUUUUGUCAUUUGGGUGGUAUAUCCUACAGUUUGGCCAGAUAACAAAGUUGAUGGCCAUCCUAACUCUUUUUCACACCCUGGUAACAACAACAGUAGUAGUAGUAGUAGUAGUAGUAAUGAUAAUAACUUUAUUUAUAUAUCAUCCCAUCUCCCCUAGAGGACUCAGGGCAGUUUCCGACAAGGCAAAGCAUUCAAUUGCCAGAGACCAAACAAAAUUCAAACAUCAUGUAACAAAAAACAUACAAUCCAUCUAAAAAACAACCACAAAAAUUAAAAUCCAGUUUCAGUCUGCUCCAUCAGACGGGUUUAUAAUACCAAUGGCCAGAGUUUCAGAAUAAACAUGGGCAUCUAUAAAUGUUAUGCAAAAGUUAGUGCAACAGAGUAUCAUAGGGCCGGGGAAGUGGGUAAAGUACAGAGCAGGGUCCUAGAUGACAACUUAUCUGGAGGCAUAGCAGGAGAACUUCUGUUGAGGAAAUUCUUCUCUACUUAGGGAAAGAAGAAUGUCAUGAUGGAAUCUGGUAUGCAACACAACAGCAAGCAGAUUGUUUAUUUUAAUGCUACAAUCCUUGAACUGCAAGGACAAUACUGUUGAUAAAAGCCAGGAUUGUUGCAGGGUAGGCUGUAUUUGUAAUAUUAGCUUGAUGUUGUGUUUCAGCAGCUGAUAAGAUUUUCUAUAAUAUGCUUCAGGGUCAAAGGUAACUGCACAGUCAUAUAUAUUUGGUUAUACCUCUUAACCAAAGAUAACACUCUGACCCCAAUAGAAGGUAAAUCAACAAGGAAAUGAAUGUGAAGACAGUCCAUUGGCAGGUGAGUUCUGUUUCUUCCCCUUUCCAUAUUAGAUAAUUCUCUGCUGAUUGUGUAACUCCUGUUUCUUUUUGUGUACUGCUUGAUGAACUAAGACAUACGAGGUAGUCUUCCUCUGUAUGGCAUUGGUAGAUAUGGGCACAGUGUUACAUUCGGAUAACUAAGUGGCACAUUUCUUGUCAGAUCUAAAAAAGAAACAGCCAAAAUUUGCAUAUCAAUGAUCUAGUCAUGCUACUUACAUGCAAACACACCUCCCUACUGCUUGUCUGGAUACAUUCAUAUUUCAGGUGUGUCUGGGGCCAUUGUAAGGUGUUUGACUUUUGUGGAAAGUUUCUUCUUUGAGCAGAUGUAAAAGAUGUGUUUACUGCAAGAAGCAUGUUUCUGAAAUUUAAAACCAUGUUUGUAAUUGUCUUGCUCAUGAUUUGAUCAGAACUGAUUACUGUUAGAGUCACAGUAAUCAUAUUCAUCCUCAUCAGAGUAGUGCCAUGACUUGCUUUUGCAGUGGAAGAGUGAGCCCUCUUAUCCGAAUGAAAAGUCCCCGGCUUAUGAUUUCUGCCCCUUUAAAAGAAAAUAGGGUGGAAAGGAAAAGCCUCAGAGAACUGGAUAUUGCCAUGAUUGAAUGAUUACUUGGAGUGUUUGGCUCACCCUAGAUGUUAUUAGUAGGGAUAAAAAUAAAUGUCACAAUGCAAAUUAUGGCUCCCAAUAUGUGUUCAAAACAAGGCAGAACAUUGGAGAUAUGGGUUGGAGGUUUUAAAUGCACUUUGUGAUCUUGGAUCCAGAAAGAGCCAUAGAAGUCUAUGGUAGAUAAGGUAGACAUGACUCACUUGAGUCCAUUGGUUUCAGUCAAUCUAGUCUAAACCAGACUGAGGGCUCGCCUACAUGGGCUUAAUAACACAAACUCACUGUGUAGUUGCUUGUGGCUUUGUCAUAUGCCCAGUUUACAGAUCAAUAAUGCCACUAAUCAAGCUGCUCCUGCAAGCAUUGCCACAAUAGCUAAAAUGUCAUACAAUCAGAGUUAGGAAGGGACCACAAGGGCCAUCUAGUGCAUUCCCCUCCCAUGCAGAAAUACAUAACAAAAAAUACCCUAUUGCAACACUCCUAAAAGGUUUCCCUCCAACCUCUACUUAAAGAUAUUUAAGUAGGGAUGAAUGUGCUAUUAACACAUUAAUUUCCUUGUGAGAAAUUACCUUCUGAUUUCUAAAGCAUUGGACUGUCUCUCUUAUACCACAUAUCAUCAAAAACUGACUUGCCUGUCUUCCUAGUCAUUGAGUCUUGUAUUGCUUUGGUAAUAUUUGAAUAUAACCAUCUAAGUUUUACCAAGUAUUUUAGCAGCCCAGAUUUAGGGUGAAAAGGAGGCUAACAGUGACAGAACCAAAUAACCAGACUUUAAUUCCUUCUUCAAAACAUCAGAAUUAUAUGACACAUAGCCACAGGCAAAUGUCAACCAAAAUAUACACUGUGGUAGUAUAUCAUCAAGUUGGUUCUAGCUUUUGGUGACCCUAGGGCAAAUCUGUUAUGGAGAUGUUUGGGAAAAGGUUGCAAUUGCCUUCCUCUGAGGCUGGGACAAUGUGACUUGCCCAAGAUGGGUUUCAAUGGCUAAGCAAGAAUUCAAAACCUAGUCUCCAGAGUCCAAGUUCAUCACUCAAACCUUCAUGCAACAUUGGCUCUUUACAGGAAAAUACAAAUAGAGAUUUCACAAUUAGUUAAAAAUUGGAAGUUAUUGCAGAAGAAUCACACAAUGAAUCAGAAUUGUGAAUUGUCACCUAUGUAUUGUGUCACUAAACUGUGCUCAGUAUUCCAUCUCAGAAUCUAGAAAUGUUAAUCCAAAGCAUUUACCCUUGAUUAUCUUGGUUAAUAAUACUGGGAUCCAGGUUCAUCACUAAAUCUUGAUGGCAAGAAAUUUGGGCAAAUGAAAGAAUUUACAACUUUACACAAAAGUGUUGAAAUGUAAAAUAGCUACUGCAAGAUUAAUGAUAGUCAUCAGCUUCAAUAGCUUGAAAUGGAGAUUGGACAAAUGCCCAGAGGAUAAAGUUGGCUACUUCCCAUAGUGGAAAAAAUAACAGAAGAAACAUUUCCUAAAACUUGAUGUAAACAAGAUAGGGUAUUUUUAAAAGGUUUUAUUUCAAGAAAUAAUCUAACGUGUUUUCAUACUUUUGAUUAUCAUUUGCUAAAUUUGGAGGUGCGUUAUUUUAAGACCAAUCAAAUAUUUCUUGGCCAAAACACUAUUACGGUAUAUUUCUGGAAAUAAAAUCUUUUUGUGUACGGUGAUGAAGCUAUGUAAUAUGAGAUUACAUACCUUCAUCACUGCCAUCUUUGUUGCAGUUGCUAUUUUACUUCAUUAUUAUCUUUAUUUUUGCCCCAGCUUUUCCCCAAGUCAAGGCUCAGGAAUGUUUAUAUUGGUCAGUCAUAAUUGUUGUUGUUGUUGCUGUGUAUAUUAAAUUGUUUCUGACUUAUAGCAACCCUCUUCUGGGACUGAGAGUGUGUGACUCAUCCAAGGUCACCCAGUAGACAAUCAGGGAAUCAAACCCUUGCCAAGUAGGAAAUUGAACCUUGGCCUCUGGAGCCCUAGUCCAAUUCUCAAAUCACACACCAUGCUGACUGUUCUGAUGUCUAUAUAUUCUUGUCCUAUAUAUUGCCUCUGUUAGUUGCUAAGGUGUAUGAAUGUGGAAUGUACUGUUGUCCUUAUUUGUGGUUGGCCACUGUGAAAGCUGAAUGCUGAACUAAAUAGCUUUUGAUGUAACCCAGCAUAACUCUUAUUAACGAUAGACAAAGGUAUAUAAAAACGAUGAGGAACCCUUGCAACCUGUCUAAUUGUCCUUUUCAUGUAGAACCCUACCCAAAAGGCAGACUAGGAUCCUCUCUGUCUGCUUCAGCUGGCUUUGAACUGGAUCACUUUAAGUGUUUUGCCUGGUAAACAUUUAUUCAGUGGUGUUUCCCUUUGCACCAAACCUGUGGGGAUAUUUCUGUUGGCGUGGACAUGUGACACUAAUGAAAAAUAACUAUUAUGGGAUUAACAGACUGUGAGCUCAAGGCAUCCUCCAGGCGACAGAAAGUAAAACAUUUCAAAUCACCCUUGGGAGUGCUGAUUCAACACAACCAAACUCUCUAUGAAUGACUAAUAGUAUGUCUCCCACUCUGCUAAACAACUGAAGGAAUUUUAUUUCAGUGUUGGUCUGGCCACAAACUGCUCUCUUAAUCCUUUAUUGAGAAGAUGAGCCUCUUCUCAACUUGAGAAAGACAUUUGGCCAAGAAACAUAUCUUUGUGCUUCCCCAGUGAAGCUAUACCUACAAAAAUAUACCCCCAUGAGAAUAGAAAGUACGGCAUUACAUAUGAGUAAUUGCUAUUGUACUGAUAAAACAAAUGCUCCCUUGAGGGUUUCUUUAUAUGACUGUCAAGGGAAAUAUACAAGUACCAUAUUUAUAAAUACAUAUCAAAGACUCUUUGUACACUGAAAGACUGAACUGUCCUUGAGGGAACAUUUGUAGUUCGAUGGAUUCCCAUGCUGAAUCCUUGGUGUCCCAAGUAUGGCUGAGAAAUAUUCAUAUCUAAAAUCUUUGGUAGAUGAAUCAUUAAUCUGACGUAAUAUAUUCUUCAAAGAAUUUUAAGUACAGUGUGCUUUGUAAAAUAUAUGCAAGUGCACAAAUGCACAAACGCACAGGUUCCUACACAUGAAUAUUUAUCACAUAAAUAAAACCAUAAAGUUGCAUUUACUCUUGGAUUUUUUUUCAUUGAGAUAAUACUAUUUUUUCCUGGUUUUCCAAAAAGAAAUUCAUGCACACACGAGAAAGAUAUCCGUAAAGAAUUUUGCAGCCCUUCAGGUGUUGUUGGAUUACAGUUGUCAACAGCUCUAACUAGCCAUGUUAGUGGGAAGAAAUGCUGAAAACUGCAGUGGGGGAUACUCACUCCUUACAGAUACCUUGCAUUAUGUUCAAUUGUUGCCUUAAUUGCAUAAGAUACAUGAUAGAAUUGUAGAAUUUUAAAUUGAAAGGUACCAGAAGGGAUGUCUAGUACAACCUCUGGCCAUGCAGGAAGGCAUAGUUACAGCUUUCCUGAAAGAUGCCCGUCCGUCUUCCAAAGAAGAGUCCAUUUCUUUCAAAGGCAGUCCAUUCUGCUGUCUUGAUAGCUCUUACAAUAAAGACAUUCUUCACAAUGUUUAAGUGGAAUCUCUUUUCUUGUAAUUUGAAUCCAUUAGUUCUCACUCUAGUCUGUAAAGCAAGAAAAACAAACUCACUCCAUCUUCUAUAUAACAUCUCUUUAGAUAUGUAAGGAUGACUAUCAUGCCACUUCUAAUUUUUCUCUUCUCUCCUGCAUGCUCCUCAACAUUUCUCUUUAAAAACAUCUAUGUUUUCCUUAGUGCCACCAGAGCCCUUCUUAGUGUUGAUUGUUUUUGAAAUCAUGUAAACAAACUCCCUGCAAGCUCACUGGAAUCAAUUGCUUUUCAGAAUCAAAAAGUACAUGGCUUUGAGUGUGACUUAGAGUAAUGAAGAGAAAGUGAUCUAAUUAGAAUCAUAUGCCAUACAUUUCCAUUCUGUGACAAGAGAUACACAGUUGGGAAGAAGUUUAUGCUUUAUCAGUCUCCCCCACUCACUGCACAAAAGCAGACUGUUAGAACAGUAUUUGCCUUGUUUCCCAUAGAAAUUAAGAAUUGUUUCCAGGCAACCAGGCAAAGAUGUCUCUGCAGCCUUGAAAAAAGUUGGUUUAAUCUUUUUUUAAAAGACAACAAAUGACUGAAAUCAGCCUUUGGCUGAAUUCCAUAAAUUCAAAAGAAUGAGUUGACAUGCAUUUAAUUUUCUGGAUUAAUUAUAGACAUGGACAAUAUAAGUGACAUGCAUUUUAUUUUCACUUUGCACUUUUUCAGUGCUGGGAAAAGGAGAUGGCAAUUACUGUUGUUGUUUGUUCGUUUCCAUCUUGCCUUUCCCCAAAAAAAUCGGGACUCGAGGGCACUUGAAAAAAUUAAAACACAUUGUUCACUAAACAAAACACUUUCAGCUUCAGGGCUUCCCUAUCAUUUAUACUCCAAAUAGAGAUCUUGGGACUUGGUGAUUAUACAAAAGAUAUCAACUGCUAAUACCAGGCAAAUUUCUAAGGAAGUAAAGCAAUGUGGCACUUGUUCCUGGCACCAAGAAAGUAACUGUUAGUCCCCAACACCAAACACCUUAGGAAACACCUCCCUCUACUUCCGUGCCCUAGUACUGAAUAGCUAUAAGCACUUGAGUCAUUAGUAACCCUUGCCUCCAUCCAAGCCCACACACGGUGAAGGCAACGUAGGGACAUUCCAGCUGGCCAUUUCUUCUUUAUUGUGUCUCCACUGUUCAAUAUUCUAGAUUGCAGGGGAACUCUGCAAAUUCCCCACUUGCAGAUCUUUAUCCACUGACACUAAUAGCAAUGGGAUAUGGAAGGGGUGGUGUGCAUGAGUGUCAGUAAACAAGUUUCUGUUUCUUCUCACUUCUGAGAAGAGCCAUAGUUUGUCAAGUCAUAUUCCCAGUCUUCCAAAUUCAUACGCACCAUACCACCAAUAGCAAGAAAUUAAGGAUAAGAAACAGGGUGAGGUAGAGUUCUGGCGAUACAGACAUGUUUAGAACUGUGGAAGUGGAAGGAUGUGAGCUCAAUCAAAGAUGGCAACUGGGGUCUAGAAUCCUCUAGACAAGAGAUGGCCUUGCUGUAGCCUACCCAUCUGAAUGUGGUACAUAAAAGAAUACUAGGCAUGUCCGAUCGAUGAAAAAAAUGUUUCAGUUCUCAUUUCUAAAGUAGGGGCGCUGGCGCUUCGAUAUAGAAAGUAUUUCUGAUUUUUUCACCCAAAAAAUUCGGAUAUUUCUGAAAAUUUGUAAUGAUGCUAAAUGUUUCUAAAAUGGUGGAUGCGCAUGUGCAUGCACAAUCGCCAAAAAAAAAAAGGAACCGGGGGGGGGGUACUUUUACAGGGCUCUCCUGCCCUCAUUUCUUGAGCUAUCCUCAUCAAAUUUGCAAUGCCCUUGCAAGUUGUGCAAAGAUACUUUGAAAACUAGGAAUUCCCUUUCUAUAUUUGUAAGCAAGAAGGACACUGGAAAUCAAUGGUGUCUCUGGCUAUGUAAUCCCACAAGCCUCAACCCAAUGCCUUCAAUUAGAAAUGGACCAGUGAUCACCACGCCAAGCAAUGCCCUGACAAGGAGUGCAAAGAUACUUUGAAAACUAGAAAUUCCCUUGCUAAGAGAAAGAACCAGCAACAAAACCCUAACCCUUUCUCCAAACCCCUCUGUGGGAACAGCCAGACUGGGCCUCUUCACCCUCUCUCUCCCUCAAGAGGCUUGCUUCCUCUCCGUUUGCAGGCCACCACCCUCUCCAGGCAGAAUGGCUCACCUGGGCAACACAACGGGCUUUUAUGGCAAUCUUCCACGUGGAUGUAGAGGACCCUAGCCCCCACCUUUGCGUCCAUCAUGGAAGCUUCUGAUUGGCCAGGGAGCGGCAGCCAUGUUAGGCUGCGCUAAGCUCCCAUUCAAGGUAGGUUGCAGAAACAAAAAAAAAUUAAAAAAUAUUUUGAAAUAUAUAUUUUAAAAAUUGGGGGGGGGGGAUUAACGAAACAUUAAGAGACAAUUAGAGAAUGGGCCAACAAUGGUUCGAAUUACAUUGCUGGUUGCGCUGUGAGACAAUGUCUCGGAAUGCGUAUCAAAAAGCGAGAACAAUCCGAAAUAAAUCCGAUAUACGAUUCAAAACGAUUUUUUGGACAUGUCUAAAGAAUACUAUGUGGCAUUGACUGAUUGGCACCACUCCACUGAAAUAGUUUUCAAGUCAGGGAUUCCAUAAUUUGGUACUUUUCUCUUUCAAUUUUUAGAGGGAAGGGACUGAAUGACACCUACUUCUACUACGUAACAUGAGUUGUUCUGUUUUCUUUAUCACUGCCACAGAGCUCCUCCACAAAAGAGUUCUCAGAGGCUGAUCUCAUGUCUUGUUUAAGGUUCGGCUAAGUACUUUAAUCACUUGCUUUACUAGAAGGCUGCAAGCGGUGUGAACCACACUGGAUGACACUAUCCGUGGGUGAUACCAAAACGAUAGUCUAUAAUAUUUUCAUCCAGUGUUUCAACAUAAGUGUAUUAUUAUUAUUAUUUUUAAAAUAUCCCUGUAGUUAGAUAUAACAGCAAAAACAUUUUCAUCAGCCCGCUUUAUAUGCACUGUAAUAAUAUAGCUACAAGGCUAAAACCCUAUGCUAAUUGAGUUUUUGUACAUUCUAAUGUGUGUGUGCACCAGUCAGAGCUGUGAUUAUUACCCAGUUACAAUGAUGCUUUGAAAUAAGCGGUUUUGUCUGCACAUACACUGUAAGCACAUGCUGUUCUUUUCAUUGUUGGUCUUUUAUAAUCACUGAUUUUGUCACUAUAUUAUGGGAAUAUGUAAUACAGGCAAUCCCCAAGUUAUGAACAAAAUUGGUUCUGUGGGUUGUUCUUAAGUUGAAUUUGUAUGUCAGAGCAGGUACUCUUAAAAGUGUAACUCCAUAUAUAUAUUCCCUAUGCUAUCCAAAGCCUGCCUCUAUAUAUAUAGAGAGAGAGGCUUUGGAUAGCAUAGGGAAGGGUUAACACCCCUGUUGUAUUUGUUUUGCUGUCUGUGCCCCUGUUCAGAAGAUUUCACUCCACUUUCUGUCCCUAAAAGUAAAGGUAAAGGUUUCCCCUUGACAUUAAGUCUAGUUGAGUCUGACUUUGGGGGCUGGUGCUCAUCUCCAUUUCUAAGCUGAAGAGCCGACGUUGUCCAUAGACACCUCCAAGGUCAUGUGGCUGGCAUGACUGCAUGGAGCGCCAUUACCUUCUCGCCGAAUCAGUACUUAUUGAUCUACUCACAUUUGAAUGUUUUUGAAUGGCUAGGUUGGCAGAAGCUGGGAUUAACAAUAGGAGCUCACCUCGUCCCGUGGAUUUGAAUUGCUGACCAGCAAGUUCUGCAGCUUAGUGGUUUAACCCACUGAACCACCAUGGUCCCAUAUGAUAAUUGAAUUUCUGUCCUUAUGAUAACUGAAUUUUGAAAAAAAUUGACUUGUUUUGGAAACAAAGAUUGGUGAUAAAGCUUCAAUGGAGACACCUUUUCCCCGUGAUAAGUUUUACAGGAGUGAGUUUCCCUUCCUAGGGAUAGAUUUCUCUCACUUCCUGUUAUCUCACCCCCAUUUGUAACUAUUAAUUAUUUGUAUGUUGGAUGUUUGUAACUUGGGUACUGCCUGUAUAUGGGAAUUAUGAUUUAUAAAUGACAUUAUACAAAAAAGAGAUGACUAAAGACUGUGUCUGGUCUGGUAUAGGAGGAAGUCCAUGAGAGUGCCGGCAUGAGUUACCACACUGUGUAAUGCUGACUUUAUUCUUUUAACUUCAAAGUCUUAAGUUUAAGAUGUACAGUAUUUCAAAACCUUGAAUCUCAGAAGGGGGCGACUGCAGUUGAAAUCCCCACUACCGCUGUUACUCUUGAUGUUCUUUCAUGGUUUGCCCAUUUAGUUUUAUCAGCUACACAAAAGAAACCUAGUCAUAGACAUGCCUUUAGAUGUGCUUUUGACUACCCAGGAGACAUACAAAUGCAUAUUGUAAAAUAUCCUUGUAAUUUGAAAACAGGCACGGCGAAUCAUAGUAGAUUCCAAUCAGUAUUUUCCCUUUUACAUUAGCAGGUAUUUUGUGCAAGCAACUACUGUUAUCUGCAAUUGCCUUGAAUUCUAAGAAAAGGGAGGAGGUGAGAAAAGUCAAAAGAAACUUAAACUGAGUGGCCAAAAACUGUAUUAAGUUGCAAUAUUGAUGGCAGAACUAAUGUUCCCAGAAUCAUAUAAAACCAAAGAAAUUGAAUUGGAAUCAGGGUGAACAUUCAAGUUCAGCCUUUCUUUGCCUUCACGGUGAUUAGCAAAAUGUUUCGGUUUCUCAUCUGGAGUGUAAGAAAUUUAAUCUUCAAGGCUACUGUGUUAUGAACAAAUAUGAUAGGUUGCUUUCCUGUUGUACAGGUUUUAGAAAAGUUACCUUUUGGGUUAAGAUUCCUAGAAUCCUAGAAUAGACAGUAGUAGGAACGAAAGGACAACAUAUGUCUUGCUCUAUUUAUUUUGGAUUAAAAAUCAGCAGAAGCAGAAUGAAGUUGAUCGUCAGAAUAUGUUGUGAAUGAUGCUAACCCAAGCUAUGUUUCCUUUUAAAAAUAUUUUAUGCAGAGAAGAGACUUUUUGGUAACAUUUAAAGUGUUUGGAUUUAACAGUUAAUUCGUUUCUUGAAGUUUUUUGAAAAAUGUUAUUUUACAAACAAUUGAAAUUGUCACACAAGUAGAAUACUUAACUUUUCUCCACACACACUUUGGUUAAAAGUGCCUUUCCUUUUAAUUAAGGAUGUUCUUUCUCAUAACAAAGUACUUGUUCAUUGGUCAGCUCAGCCUAUAGCCAAUGAAUGUGAUGAAAAUCUUUUUAGGAGGCUCUGGGGUGGAUGGGCCAUCAAACCUUUAACACUCUUCGUAAAACAAUUCAUAGUUUUCCAGCAUCUUAAGCACUCCCCCUCUCCAAAGUAAGAAUUUUAACUUUCUAGGCUGAUUUUAUGGACAGAUCUGGUCCAUAGAUGGACAGAUCGGAGACUGGAAGAGGCAUUUAGUACUUUGCUAAUUAUGGCAGAUGUUAAGUUUUUGUACAUUUGACUCAUCCCAGAAUUUUUGAACCAGAAUUCUCUCAUGGUCUUUUCAUCUCAUAUCUGAGUCAUCACUUGACAGACCUCCAGAAAUAUACCACUAAUCACUUAUUUGUAAAAUUACCUGUUUGCUUUGAUAUAUCUCCAUAGGUUAUUAUCUAGAUCUUUCUGACACAAUUGGAUGUAUCCACCAAAAAGGAUUUGCAUAAAACAUCUGUGGAGAAAGGGCAGAGAACAUGCCUUGCAUACAGAAAGUGACAAUUUCAGUCCCUGGCCUUUCCAUUUAAUUAUCUCUAGAUUAAAAGAAAGGCUGGAUAAACAUUUCUCUAAGGUGACUGAGAAUCACCGCCAGCUAUGAGGUGACAAUCCUGGGCAAAGUUUGGAAAAGAACAUGAAGCAAAAAAAAAAAAAUUCAAUGUGUUUCAACAUCAUGCCAGAAAAAGAACACAAGAAAGUUGUUAUCUGGGGAGUUUCCAAAGAAGAUAUUCUGAAUCAAAAUACCGGUAUGCCUUCUGGCUUUAUUUUUGUUGGGAUGAACAUUUUAAAUGAAUUUAAAAUUGUUUUUUUCUCUUUCCUAUUCCCUUCAGCCAGGACUAGCCCCAGAUAAUUAUGUCACCUGAGAUGAAGGAUAAGAUCAUGUGCUACCAUUCCAGGAACAAGCUGAACAGACUGCCAGUUCAGUUUCCAGCAACAAGAUCAGCAUGUUUCACUGGAAUUCUAAUAUAUAUGUGAUACAGAACAGAAUAAUAAUAAUAAUGUUUAUUUAUAUCCUGCCCCUCUCUCCAGGAAGGGACUCGGGGUAGCUUACAACAAAUAACAGUUAAAACAAUACAAAAAUAGUACACAGGUCAAAUUAACAUUACUUAAAGUAAAACCAUUGCGAUUAUUAAAAACAUAUAAGGACAUAACAUCAACAUCAAAAAUAGCUGCUCUUGCUGGAAUGAAAACAUUAAAAAUGUUAAAACCAACAAUCUUACUAAAAUAGCUCAAUUUAAGAUUGCUCCAUUAAAGACAUACACACAAAUAUACAUACACACAUACAUACACACAUAUAUAGGUUGUCGAAGGCUUUCAUGGCCGGGAUCACAGGUUUGUUGUGUAUUUUCCGGGCAGUAUCACUAUGUUCCAGAAGUAUUCUCUCCUGACGUUUUGCCCACAUCUAUGGCAGGCAUCCUCAGAGGUUGUGAGGUAUAUAACACAUAUAUAGGCUUUGGAUAGCAUAGAGAAGAGGGAACAUGAUCAUUGUUAUAUGGCAGUCUAGACUCAUAUAAUCCAAUUCAAUGCAGUCUGAUGGCAUUAUGAAACGGCAUUACUGGCAGUCCCCAGUAGGCUCUGUAGGUUUGUUCUUAAGUUGAACUUGUUUGCAAGUCAGAACAGGGACAUUUUUUCAGUAUGUAUAUGUAGGUAUGUCUGUUGUGUGUGUAUGUAGACAUACCUAUGGGCUUUGGAUAACAUAGAGAAGAGUGGACGUUCUUGUGUUUCUUUUGCUGUGUGUGCCAUUGUUCAGAAGAUUUUGCCCCAGUUUCUUUCUCUGUGAUAAUUUGCAAAACUGUGUCUUAUUGUGUAAACAAGGAUUGGAGAUAAUACUUCUUUGGAGACCCCUUUAAAUAAUAACUCUUCCAGGAGUGGAUUUCCCUUCCUUCCCAGGGCAGAUUCCUCUCACUUCCUGUUGUCUGACCCUCUUAAUAAGGAGUCGUUUGUCAGUCGGAUGUUGUAAUAAAUUGUAUUUAUUUAUCUGAACUAGCCUAGGAUAGCCUAGGAAUAGAAGGCAGAAUGUGUGGUACACACAGCUAUGUUUUCUGGUACCCCAACCCCUUCUUGCUUCUUUAGGGAGCUACUUGACUCCACCUAGUGAUAGGGCUGGUCCAUGAGGUCACGAAGAGUCGGAAGUGACUGAACGAAUAAACAACAAACAACAGUGAUAGGGCUGGCCAUGUAAAAUAUUGCUACUAUCUGUUCAUGACUCCUCCCCUCAUUUUGUUAAACUGGCAUCCUGUGUGAAAAAUGGGAAUGAGAAAGUGCAUCACUUAACUAUUCAAUUAUUUCUACAUGGGUAUCUCAAGGACUUCUAGAUGACCAAUAUGAACUGUCUUCUCCAAUAAGCCAGAAACUUUUGAGUUUGUCAAAGGAUAUGGUUUAGAGGGUAAAGAAAAAAAGCAAAGAAGUGCCCUCUUCUUUUUAGUGUUUCCUGAGUUUCGUAAUGUGAUUGUGAAGUGUUAUAAAGGUUUUGUGUAUGGAGUUUGAUCUGUAUUAGCUGCUAAUAGCUGUUCCAAACACAUGAGUCAUUUCUUGUCCUUGCAUAAUAAUGAAUGUUUGUGUAUAAAUCUGUCUUAAAGCCAUACUUCUCAUACUUUAGCUCUUUGGGUGUUCUGGACCGGACUUUAACUCCUAAAAACACCAACCAGUAUAAUUGAUGUUAAGGUUUCUGGGAAUGGAAGUUCAAAACUUUUGAAGGAUCAACAUUUGGAAACCACUGCCCUUUAGCAUGAGUCAAGGAUCAAACUAGAUAGAUAAAAGAAGCUUUGAAUUCAACCAGCAUGCAACAGCGUUUUGUGUGAUUUUGUUGUAGAUAAGGAAAUCAGGGUUAACCCUUUUCUUACCUGGUGAACAUUAUGCCUCCAAAGCAGAAAGUGUUCUGUGAAAUGCAAAUAGCAGCUUCAGAUGAAGAAUUUUCUUCAGGUCUAUAGGAAAGGAUCAGAUUCCUCCUCCUUGCCUACUUCAGUCUUCAUAAUGAUCUUCAUUUGAUGGUUAACUAUGCACUAUGAAGAGUCGGUAGCUUAUGCCCAAGCUUGCUUGUUUUUUUAAGUGUAUGUUAUAUGGUGCUGGAUGAUUGUGAAUAAUUUAUUUAAUGUAUGUGCAAACUGCUAUUCCUGUGUAACCAGAAACACCAGCUAUAUGUAUUUAAGAUAGGAAUCUGGACCUUCAAAUAAUCUAAGCAUGUAUUAAGCCAUGUUUCUUGUUAUUAGAUUUUGACUACUAAACACUUUUGAAAACUACUCUUCUAUUUCAGUCAUCUGCUGCUUAGAUACUAAAGUGCAAUACAGAGAGAGAAUACUCCAUGUUGGCUCCCAGAGAAAUGUAAUGAUAAAUGUCAAAUGCUAUCCAUUAACAUUGGGUCCAUCGUCUUCCAUUUUUAAGUAGAUGAAUUCAUUCAUGGUACAGACAUCACUCAUAGUUAUAAAAAGCAAUUGCUGGAGAAGGUUGCUACAGAUACUUGAAUAUGGGAGUCCCCGAUAUAUCCUGGUAGCAAAUUGUUCCUGAUAUGAAAUGCAAGUUAAAGAUGCUAAGGGAAACUGUUAUGCAAACAGAUAAUCAAAAGCAUGUAUGACAAAUAAUUUUAUAUUUAUGCAUGGGAGGCAUAUGAUAUAUUUUAUUAAAGAUCAAAGUGAUCCACAAUGGAGACUGUUUGUUCUUGUUGAUUUUGCAUCUGGUUUGUGGAAAAAAGUAGAAUCCAGGCAUGUAGAAUGCCAUAAAAGAAGGAGCAAACUUUUAAAAAUAAGUUUAUGUAUGAAAUUAAAACAUUACAUCAUACAGAAAUAACAAUGCCUCUUCACGUGUUUCUUCCCCUCUACCAUUAAUACAACAAUGAAAAAGAGAGAGAAAAUAACUGAGUAAAAGGAGUUCUUAACCAAACCUCCCACUUCUGUAUCAAUUGUCAUCUGUAAUAAUAAAGUCAAUUGUAAAAUAAAUCAACACAAACUCUCCAAAAUAAUCCUAACCUUUCACAUUACACUUAUUUUGGUCAUUAUAUCCUGCAUUUAUCUGAAACAAUAUCUGUAUUUUUAUCAUUAAUAUAUUAAAUAAGGCACCAGCUCCUGGCUUAACAUGUUCUCUCCUCAAUAAAAUAAGACAUUUUUCCACAAUGGCUGUAAACUGUAUUUUCGUCAACUAUACAUUAAUAAAGAUCAUCUUUACAUCCAUGGGAUUUUACCAAACAAGCUGCUACAAUGCAAAAGCAAAGGGUUUUUUUGUAUCUCCUUCAAAAGAGAGAGUAUUGUUAUCAUCUCCUUCAAAAAGUAAAAAGUGCCUGGUGGGGUACCUCAGGUUGCUGGCCUGCUUUGCUUUACUUCAGGGGCUUGGAACUCCAAAGGAUGCCACUGGGUCUAGUGUUAUUUAACAUCGUCAUAAAUGACUUAAAUGAUGGAAUAGCAGGCAUGCAUAUCAAAUUUGCAGUUGAUAUCAAAUUGUCAGGCAGGAGAUAGAUAAUACUCAGAGGAGAGGAACAGAAUCCAAAAUGACCCUGACAGCUGGCCCAAAUCUAGUCAAAUUAAUGUCAACAGGGAUGAGGUCCUACAUCCAUGCAGGAAAACCUAAACAGACAAAUAUAGAAUGGAUGAUUUCUGCCUUGAAAGUAGUAUAUGCAAAAAGAAUUUAGGGAUCUCAGUAGAUGCAGUAGUCAAAAAAGACAUGAACUGCACCAACAGGUAUAUAGUAUCCAGAUCAAGGAAAGUAUUAGUGCCACUCUGUUCUGCUUUGGUUAGCCUUGAACCUGGAAUAUAGGUCCAGUCAGUUCUGGACACGAAAGGGUGACCAAGAUGACCAAAAGUCUGGAAACAAUUUAUGGAGCUAGGUAUGUUUAACUUGGAGAAGAGAAGAUGCAUCCUGGCUCCUGGCUAUCUCCACUGUGUUCCUUUACUUUCAAUGAUUAUCAUGGGUUAACACCAAGCUAAUCCUGCUUUGUUGUACUAGAGGGACUUGUAAUUUCAAAGAAUGCCAUAGGUUUGGGGCAGUGCAGACAGCUGGAUAACAUCUGAUUCCUACCAGUCUUGUGUCCAUACAGGGCACCACUGCCAUAACUUUUGCAUUCAUCAGCACAUGGAAAGGAGGAUAGAUCAUGGUUGCAUCAGCAUCACUACCACUCCCAGUUGGCUUCAGACCUCCUUGAGCUCCUGAGUAUCAUAGGAAGUCCCAUGUUGACAUCAGAAGAGGCACCUGCAUGACCAAGAAGAUUGUGGCUGGAAGACGACUUUGUGGUUCUAACAUGAAGCUAAGUGUUUCUGCUCUUCUUUCCCAUUUUCCUUAAUAUCCAGUCUGAUGAAAUACUCUGGAGAACUCAAAGGUUUGCUGUCUUUUUGUGACAUUUUUGUCAGCUGGAUGACUAAAAAAAUAUUGCCUGACUUAUAAAGAUUUUGCCUGUAGGCAAACGUUCUUUGCUUCUUUUAAAUUUAGCAGAAUAACUUUCAGGUUGACUGAAAAAAUAUCAGGCAAGGAGAGGGAGAAUAUCCUUCCUAGUCCUUCAGUUUCAUCACCUAUAUUAACUGGGUCUGGUUAGAGUGACCUCCUCCAACAGCUCCCCUGUUGUCUGUUUCUAGGCUCAAUUCAAUUCAUAAAGCCCUGUUUGGUUCAGUCCUAUCUAUCUGAUAGAUUAUAUCUUUCUGCAUGAGCCUGUCCAGCCCCUGGGAUCUGCAGGAAGGUCCUUCUUUCUGUCCCACUACCUUCAGAGGUUUCAUUGGUGAGAUUAAAAAAGGGAUAACUGACCUUCACUUUGAAACUCCUUUCCCAAGGAGUCUAAAAGCAACUCCUUCCUUGCUGUUCUUCCACAGCCAGUGAUUUUUUUGUUUUUUAAUUUAUGCAGGCUUUUAGUAAAUGGAAAGAGCUUUUAGAAAGUGCUGUAUUAUUUUAAACUGUACUGUUUUGAAUUGUACUAUCCAAGGCCAUGCAGUGAGUUUCUAUGGCUAAGUGGGGAAUCAAAACUUGGUCUCCCAAAGUCUGAGUCAGGGACUCAAAUUCCACAAAAGCCUGGCAUCUUUCUGUCAAAUAAUUUCAGUUCAUCUUAAAGUACAACCUGUCACACUGGUACCACGUCUUCAUGCGUGCAGCCACCCACACAACUAUGUGUUACAGCUGGCUGGAGGCUCGGAAAUUGGCAUAUUUCUGUUCAGAGGUAAAUUCUAUUGGGAUCACUGGGACUUUCUCCCAGGAAAAUGUUUAUAGGUUUGAUGCCUAAAUGACUAUAAAGCAUAUAACAAUGGAUUAGCCAUCAUGUGUACUGCAAACACAAUAAGCUUUCCUUGGGGUGCUUUGAUAUGUCAUGAAGGUAUGAGGAAACCUUCAUGAGGGCUCUGGAGGGUCCUCAUUAAAAAUUCACUUUCCACAUUUUUUAAACAUAAAAUAAAUGAGCCUGCUGAAUUCUGAUAACUUCCUUUAACAACUCAAAGUACCCAGCCCCAAGCUUUACAGACAAAGAGUAUUCUUGUCUCUUUUUCUUCCCUUUUAAAUGUUUAAAAAGAGGCUAUGCAUCUGGGAUUUGUAUGAAAAAAAACAUUGUGCAGCUUUCAACAGCUGGAAGAAUGAAAAAAAACAGCCAAUACUUUGUGGUUCUCAGUGCUAUUUUGUUCAAUAAGUAACUUAACAAAUUACAUUUAGUUCUAGCCUGUGGGAAUUGUCCUGAUCUAAAAAUAGAAAUGCUUAAUUUAAAGGCAACAACAGAAAAAUGCCAGAGCAGCUGACCAUGAUUUAAUUUUAGCCAGUUAAACAACCAAAUAGCCAUAUUAUAUUUGCUAAUAAUAGAAAGACUUUCAAUUCAUGGGCCAAAUCUGUCUCACUCUAUUAAAUGUGUUUGUUUGUGGAGCCAAGCAUUCUUUUGAUUAUAAAUGAAUUAUUCAAUUCUGGAGGAACAUAAGAAUCUGUCUUUCACUGGUUUAGACCAAUUGCCAAUCUAGCUCAGUAAUGUCUGCUCAGAUUAGCAUCCACUCAUUAGGGUUUAAAGCAAGGCCCUAUUCUCACUUUCUAUUUAAUUCCUGUUCAACAUGAGAUGUUUAGAAUGAAACCUGUGUAUAAGCCAUGGUUCUGUCUCUGAGGAAAGAAUCCUUGGAAAUAUGAGGGGACUCAAGGCGGCUUACAGAAUCUGGCAAAAUUCAAUGCCAAUAACAAGUUCAAAAAAUAAAACAUAAUACAUUUAAAAUGAUUAAACAAAUGUCACCUCACAACCUCUGAAGAUGCUUGCCAUAGAUGUGGGUGAAACAUCAGGAGAUAAUGCUUCUGGAACAUGAUCAUACAACCUGGAAAACUCACAGCAAUCCAAUAAAUUUAAGCUUUUCAAGGUAUAGAGCUUAGCCCUGGUGUAGAGAAAUAUUUAUAAAUGCAUAUUUAAGUAACCUUGUAGGAGGAGGCUGGUAAUGUUGGUAAAGAUAACCUUUUGGUGCCAGCUGUUAAAUUAACAUUAAUCAGACAUUAGGAAUGGAGAUAUACAAAAAAAAACCCCAAAAAUAAAAACAGUUGCAGAACAUCUCAAUCUUCCUGGGUAUUCCAUGUCUGACCCCAGAACAACUUUCCUUAAAAAAAAUUACAAAGGAAGAAUUAAUUUGGGAGGGGGAGAGAAGAACUGGAAUAUAUUUAAACGCCAGCCUGUUGGUUGUGACUUGAACAGAGACAGUGGUUUCUUGGCACACUACACAUAUUAGAACACUAGUUAACAGCCCAGUCUCAUGGGGUCUCUCUUGGCCGGUUUAUCACAUCUCCUUUCUGAUUCCCAGCCAGCAUCUGGCUACAUUAACAUAAUUCCAUAUGCCAUUCAUAUGGUUAUGUACUUGGCAUUAGGCAACAUCUUUCUUCCUGCCUUUGCCUCCCAAUGAUCAAGGUUAAAACUGAACUUUUCACCUCACUAGCUAGUGAGAGGAGUUUGGAAAUGCCAUCAUUUCGCACCCACAUUGUUAGCUGAACUGAGUUCCCUCACUCAGUGUGGCUGCUGACUGUUGGGUUUGGGGGUGGGUGGAAUUUAUGAUCAUGGCAGUAGUGCCAUAAACAUGACUAUGUAGUCACGGAGUAGUUUCAGAUCUACAACUCUACACAACACAGAAGGCCAUUCUACAGAUCUAUUCAUAUGUAUAUCCAUCAUAAAAUUUUCAUCUAUUAUUAGUUAUUCUAUUUUUUAAUAUAUUAAUAUCUUAUAUGUCUAAAAUCCAGUUGAUUAGUUGUAUAGCCAGCUCUACUAUUCAGUUCUUAAAAAUAUUUCUUAAAAGAUUGUAAAGGUUAAAUUGUGCAUGUGAUACCAAUGUGCAUGCAAUUGCUCAUUUGGUUACACACCAUUGCCAUUCAACACAAAGCUUGUAUGGAUCAAUUAAAAUCCAUCUGAACAUGCUGGCAUUGACACUAUUCAAUGCAGAUGUAGCCAAAGUUUUCAAAAACCAUAGGUUGUGUAUAUUAGCCAAAGGAAUGCAAAGCAAAAUAUAUUCAGUUUAGCAAGAAUGUAAAGCAGGGAUUUCAAAAGGGACCUCCUACAUAGUUUUAAAAAUGGUAGAUUUUUCCCCAAAUCAUUUACUCUCAGCCCUGUGCCUCCAGUACAAUCACAUUUUCUUACCCACCCACCUACAUCCCCAGCCAUUUAAAAUGGUGUUUUGAGACCUCCCAUCACAUAAAUAAUUCACCUGCGGGUCUGCACCUGUCCAUAAUGCUAUGUUGUCAGAAAUUUCCUUGGAGAAUUUAGAAAGGUUAAACAAGUUCCUUGCAAUUUUUUUUCAGAAAAGUUGAGGGAGAAAUUAAUGCUUUAUUCAGAGAAAUGGAAGAGACAUAAUGGAAUAAGUUUUGUCAGUGAACUAACUAUAAAUCAUCAUCAUCAGGCAUCCUCACAUUGUGGCCCUCCAGCUGUUUCAGCCUCCAACUCCUAGAAGCCUUAGCCAGCUUGUUCAAAGGUCAGGAAUUCUGGGAAUUGGAAACCCAAACAGCUGGAGGGCCACCAUUUGAGGGUACCUGCUCUAAAACCAUUGAAGGGAAGGAAGACAAGUGGAAGGGAGCACUUGGACACCAACUCAUUUUGUCCUUCCCCUUUGGUGAUACUGCCUAGAACUAAUGUUAGUUGCAAUCCAGUAAAAUUUGGAUGGCUAUAUGUUCCUCCAUCUAAGCCUUAAAUCAAGGAUGGAAGAACAUCUGGUCACUCAGAUACGGAUGCUAAGAUCAUGGUCAUCCUUGCUGCCUUCCACUGGCAACCAGAUGAGCACAUUAAGGUUUUAAGUAGAAGAUUGUUUCUCCUGUCCUGUUGUUACUGUUUCCAUCUAUGUCUCACCUUAACUCCCAUGAGUUCAAAGUAACAUCCAUGGCUUUUCUUCCUAUUUUAUGGACUGAGGCAAGUGUUAGAAUUGCUGUCAUUAAAAAAAAAACUUUUCCCUGUCUGUCAUUCAAAGAUUUGCAGAGCAAAGUUCAUGCUGGCAUGGAAAUAAAGUAAAGGUGAAUAAUUUGUGAUCCUCCACAGAUAUUGCUGGUUUACAACUUUCACUAUCUCUCACUGUCUCUCGCUAUAAACUAUAUUUGGGGAGGGGGUUACUUGAUUUCCUCUUAAUAUAAAAGACUUUAGAGAUCAGGGAGCUUUCAUAGCUAUGUUUGUCUUGCAAUAUAAAAAGGAUGAAGGAAGAGGGAAGAGAAAAACAAACAUGGCAUUACCUUUAAGACUAACUUGUUUUUAUUUUCAUGUGAGCUUUUGUGGAAAUAAACCAGUUUUUCCAAAUGCAUCACUGAGGUUAGAGAUUCCGCCUUCUCUUGCCCUCUGAACUAAUGUAUUGGCAGUAUGAGCAGUCAAGAAUCUCCAAAGGCAGGGUUGCUGGAAAAAGGGGGCACCUACAAAUUGUUUAAGGGCCAUGUUGCAAUUACAUAUGCAUCAGAUUAAGCUUAGAGGCUUGAGGUUUCUUCCCCUAAACUAGAUUAAUUUUAGAGGUUAGUGGUUUCUCCCUCCCCCUGAUUUAAAUAAUGGCUUAUUCUAAGAGUCUCUGCCUGUUUUGUGGCUAAAAAUAGACAUAAUAGAAGGUCCCCGCCCCCACCAUCAUAUUUGGACCACUUGAAAUUGCUUAACCUUGUCUUCAAGAAGAUGAAAAAAUUGUAAGAUAGAAGACUACAUGUUUCUACCCAAAUAUUGCUUCAGUAGAAAUUAUCACCUAAUAGAUUUCUUGGCAUCAGAUAAAGUAUAGCUGUCAUGAGUCUGGAGAUAUAAAAAUAGUGGGCACUAUAUCUCAUCAGAUCAUGAAGUGCCAUUGCAGCUGUGCCUCCAACAUGUCCUUGAUUUGAAGAAAUUAGCAGGGAAAGCUUUGCUUAGAAUGAAGAUGAGCUUUGCCCCCACCUUGUUGCUGAGGCACUUUGCAAAAAGCCAGAUGCAAGCAGUGUUAGAAAUAUUGCCUGUUGAAAUGACUUUUGCAGACGUGAAGAUAAUGGAGGCCGUCUACCUGUAGGGAAAUUCGUAAUAGGAAGACGAUUGAGUUUUGUCUGCUGUUCACCUUCAAGCAAGGUGCUUCCUCAAAGUCACAAAGUGUUCCUUCUUUUGAUAUUAGAUAGAGUAAAAUUUCACCAUCUGUCAUGAAAGUCUCAAUACUAAUAAACACAAAUAAGAAAUAUAUCUCUUCUAGCACUGGUUUCUUUGCUCUUAUUAAAAACAGUUGCCUUGGGGCAUUGUGGGAAUUAAAAUCUAGGUCCAGGAGAUUCUAAUUUGACAAGAAGAUUCAGUAAGCAAUGUCAGUCUAUUCCUCAUUGCCCAAAGGGACUCUGCAAAGUAGGGUACAAGUAACUUUCUAUCAAGAAACUAUCAAAGGAACAGGAAAAAUGCCUCUGGUUUUCAGAGCUACUGACUUCCUAGAGAUAAAAAUCUUAUUUUCUUUGGUGCUCAUUAAACAUUGACGUUACCAUAGCUGAUCUUCUGAGAUUAUCUGUUUCUUCCAAGCUCAUAUUGUUUGUCAGCAGACAUCUUUCCAUAAUAGCAAGGGGAUGACUAUUCUUGCUAUGGAGUUAUUGGUGCCAUCGUCUGGAGAAAUAACUUUUCCAAGCUCUGGGCACAAGAGUUGAGAGGCAGCUUCAGUUGCAGAAGCCCAAACAGCUAGAGGGCUGAAGUUCACCCAUGCCUGUCCUAGACCCUCUUCAAUUUCCAUGGCAAGAGCAAGGAAUCUCAGAGUAAGAGCACUGUCUACAGAAGUGUGUGUAUAGUUAUUUUUCCCUCCACUUUAAAAAACAAUGCACAAUAUAUUGGGUUGUUAGAAACUUUGGGUUUUAUCGCUCAUGUCCAGGCAAGAAGAAAGCACUGCAUGCAAAUCUCCAGCUCAGCUAGUAUAGCAGUGUACUACAAUUUCCAAAGAUAAAUUAAUUUUUUUGCCAUAACUCACAGAGACUCUCCCCAGGGUCUAUGCAUUUACUUAAUUAGCUUUUUCCUUUCCUUACCAAGCUAUGCACUCCACUCUGCUCUGCACUGGCUAAAGAGUAAAUUAAUUGUUCCUUAUCCUGUAUCUCUAAGUAGGCAAAAUGGAAUAAUGCCCAAAAUUCACCUCUAUCUGGGAACACCCCUUUCAGUUGGAUUUCUGUUUUAAUUUCAAUAUGUUCCUUCUCUCUCUCCCCCCCCACUCUCUCUGUAAGCGAGAUCAGUCAAUGACAAAUUAAAAGCAACUGCAGUUGAUGCUUGAUGUAUAGCACUUAAUGACAUCACUCAGGGCUCUCCCUAAGUCUUAGGUUUUGGCCUAGAGACAUCUCAGAGCCUGAGAUGAUCCUGAACUGGCCACCCUAAUGGUGUGCUCUGUGCAACUGUGGUUACUGCUUAAUACAUUAUCCUCAAUGACAUCACUAGGGGCUGCUCUUAACAUCGACCUUAUAGCCUCAUCAGAGCCCAUCCUGACAUGGACAUUGUGGAGAGCUUGAAUGAGGGGUUGCUAAUAGAAGGCUCAGCAGUAGAACUGGAGCCUAGCAAUGAACAGCAACUUCCUUAUCCUGAAGGCACAUCUAUAGAAGGAACAACUAUUUAGCCUGCUGACCAAAUGCAAAAGAUUUCUGCUGAGGAGGAGUUAACUGUUCCUGUGUUUGUAGCAUUAAAUAAAGAAAGGUCUCAGCUGCAAAGAUGGUUGAGGCUAGCUGAGAAAAGUGCCAGCAACAGGUAACCUGUGAAAGAAGGAUUAAAGAGACUGGAGUUUGUUACCUGAUUGCUGGUUGCAAUGUCAGUGCUUGAGCCAAGACCCUGCACUCUUGAUCUCUAAUGUUCUCUGGAGCUUGGAAAAUUAUUGGACAUCAACUUUGGAAUUGUGGAGUCAACCCUGUAUCUUUGAUAUUAGUAGUAAUUGGCUCUUGACGUGGAAUGGACAUUUAAAUUUCCCUCUUGCAUACUCCUUUGAGUGUUUGGCAUCUUUGUGGGCUAUUUGGCUACGUCUGCAACUGUUUGUAUAUACUUUUUCUGUAUUUUUGGGCCGUAGCCUUAAUGCACUUUGCAGGGAGCAAUAUUUAACCUCUACACAUUUAUUUGGUUUAGUUUGGUUUGGUUUGACCAAGCAAUGCUGCAGUUGUAAGUGUUGGAAACAGAGAAGCAUCAACACUUGUAUAAAUUAAUUAGUGAAAGAAUAUAGUAGGGAUGGGCAAAUCUUCGGAAAGUCAUUUAUCGUUAUAAAUUCGUUAUUCAAAAUAGAUCCGAAGGGGUUUCCGAGAUGGUUUGGCGCUUCGGAAUUAACCUUCCAAUUCGAAGCGUUGGUGCCCAUGCCUCUAAAUACCUUCGAAUAACCUUUGGAUAUAUGGGAAAGUGUUUUAAUUCAACCAACCUUUGCUAUUUAGGAGAGAAAUCCCCCUUGCCUUUUGGAGGGGUUGCUUUCUAUGGGUCUCUUAAACCGACUUCAGAAGUGGGAUGAGCCUGGAUCUUGUCUUCCCAGGUUUAAACCCGGGCUUCCUCUCCCUUGCAGAAGGGAGAUAUUAUUAUUAUUAUUAUUAUUAUUAUUAGUAGUAGUAGUAGUAGUAGUAGUAUUGGCAUCGCACUUUUCUCUCUAGGUUUGAGACUGCCCUAUAUCCCAGGAUCUGAUUCCAGAUUAUCUGAUUUAAACUUGAUUAUAUGAGUCCACACUGGAGAUAAUCUGGGAUAAGGAGAAAAAUGAUGGAUCUGGACCAAACUUGGCACACACCAGCUGUGAAUCGUAGGGGAGUUUUGGGAGGGUUGACCCAAGACUUUUGGGAAUUGUAGUUCACCCAUACAUUUUCUCAUGGGAGCAUUCAUAAAAAACCAAAGGGACAGCAUGGUGUAGUGUAGUGCAGGGGUUCACAGUCCCUCACACUGUUGGAGGGGGGGGGGCAGACUGUGGUGAAAUAGUCCAAAAUUAGGAUUGUUGUUGUGUGCCUUCAAGUCAUUUCAGACUUAGGUCAACCCUAAGUCUAAAGUUUAGGACAGAUGCCAGGUCAAUGGCAUCGUAGGGCCACAUCUGGCCCACGGGCCAGGCCAUAGUUUGUGGACUCCUGAUCUAAAGUUUAGGACAGGGCCAAGGUCAAUGGCAUUGGAGGGCCACAUCUGGCCCGUGGGCCGGGCCGUAGUUUGGGGACUCCUGGUCUAAAGUUUAGGACAGGGGCCAGGUAAAUCGCCUUGGAGGACCACAUCUGGCCCACAGGCCUUAAUUUGGGGACUCCUGGUGUAGUGGUUUGAGAGUUGUCCUACAAUUGUGGCUUCAUUCCCCACUCAGCCAUGGGAACCCACUGAGUGAUCUUGGACAAGUCACACACUCUCAGCCCCAGAAAACUCAAACACUUUCUAACCAGGAAGAGAUUUCCUUAUUCAGAGGCUGAUGGCCAUCUGUCAGGAGUGAUUUGAUGGUGUGCUAUGAUUUCUGUUCCUGGUUGAUAAAUGUCAUUUCCUAAUUGGUUCUGUCAUAAAACAGCAAGGAACAUUGUCCUAUAAAAAAUAGAACAUUAUGGUUUGUUGAAUCUCUCUCCACCAAUUUAACAAAGUUUCAGCCACAAAAACAAAGUUUCUGAAGUAGUACAAUGCCUUUCAAAGUAAAGACAACCCAAUGAAACAGGAAAUAAGACUUUUAAACCAGGAACAGAUUUCUGCAAUUAUUAAAAAAUUGUUUAUUAUAAAAGCUAUGAAAAUUCACCAAAAAUCAGAGGAUAAGGAAAACGUUCUGAAAUUUGGUGCGCUAACAGUUGUAAAUGUGUUCUACCACUGCAGCAAAUUUCAUUAGGAUACCUCAAAAAUGAGGGAGAGGCCCCUCAAUUUUCCCCAUUGACGAUAAUGUUUUCCUUAUGCGCAUGUGCAUCCACCAUUAACGAAGUACAUAUGAAGUUUCAGAAGUUUCUGAAAGUUUUGAAUUUUUUUGCUUCAAAAUUCGAAAAUGACUAGAAACGAAGUGCUAGUGCCCCCUACUUUAGAAGCAAGUUUAGAACCAUUUUCAUGGAUCGCUCAUGCCUAGAAUAUAGACAAUGCCUGCCUUUGAUUUCACUUUUGUGACUUCUUUUGGUCUCAAGCCUUUUGCUGCUUUCUUCCUUGCAGAUGUCCUUUUCUCCUCCUUCUCUCAAGAAGUUAGUCUCUUGGUUAUCCAUUCUCUGGAAGGAGUAUCCAUGAGGCUUCAAUUGCAACAGUGGUUGCUAGCUUACAAUUUUACAUGAAACGGAGGUUUUAGGGGAUCUUCUAACCAAGAAUAGGUCAAUUUCUUUUAUCCAUUUUCUUUCCUAUCCUAAGAUAAUUUCCUGAGAUGACAAAUGUUAGUUGUUCUUUUACCUUACAAGAGAAUCCGGUCAUUUCUCCUGUUUCUGUAACAUGUUAUUAUAUUGUACUAGACUGACUCACUUUGUUUUACUAUAGAUGCCAAACAUUCCUACAAGAGGUUAGUAGUCACAAUAUUAAAUUUAGCAGGCUUCUUUCAUGCCCUUUCUGCUUGCUCUUCUCCCUCCCCAGUUUCUCACCCCACCCCUUUUCUUGCUUCCCAGUUUUCCUUCUCAGAUUUUAGUUGCUGCCUGGUUGUUCAGAUACUGAGUCUCCUUGAACUGCACCAUGCAAUAAUCAAGCAUUGCAUGCUUUUCUGAAGUCUUUGAAUCCAUCUGUUGCACCCCAAGGCAGCGUGAGUACUGGAAACCAAACAGAGACCAAUAAUCAUAUAAUAUCUUUAUUAAAACAAUUAUAGAAUCAGGAAUGAAUAAGUGGAAAGGAUGCAUGGAUAAUAGUCCUUGGUAAAAAGGUAUGAAUUAGUCCAAAGAGUUGAAGAGAAAUGUCCAAUAUUAUUGUCCAAAAUCCAGAAACCGAAACACACUCAAAACUGUUGGAAAGUUCUUGAGCGGGGAAAACAACAAGGAAGCAAGACUAAAUAAAAAGGUCCAAAGUCACUAGAAAGUCUUUGAUAUCAAGGCAGGAACAAGAUGAGGCUGAGGCCAACUUGAUUCAGGAACAAGGCAAGGAAGUAGACUUACUCUGGUUCUACUCAUGAGUUGUGGCUCAGCUUGGCCGCCAGGAUCAGGAAACUUGGCUUGGAGAAACAGGAGCUAGAGUCGGUGAAUCAUUCUUAGGAAAUCGCUACGUUGACACCGCAAAGAGUUCACAGUGCAAAGCACUUUUAUGGAACUUAAAUCUGAUCACAACAAAGGGAAGCCAAACUCCCCAGAGGUUCCCAAGGGAAUCUUCUAUCCAUUAUCCCCUCGAGAUGCCAAGCGGUUACUCCUUCGGAGCCCUUGUUUUUCUGAUCUCUGGCGAUGCAGAAACUCCCUUCUGUUGAAGGAUACAUUCUCUGGGGAACUCAGAACAUCUGGUUCAGCCACGGGAGUAAUAUUUUCAGUAUCUCUCCCAAUUAAGGAAGCAUCCGAGCUAUCAACAGCUGGGAGCUGUAAUUGGAAGGAGCUCUGCGGACUGGGCAAAAAGUCAGAAUAAGCUUCAUCCUGGUCAAAGUUCAUUUCUGAAUCAGGUUCAGAAACCAAAGGUAGCUGGGGUAUGACACCAUCUUUCCGGAACAAGAGAGGACUAUUUCUAAACACUGCGAAGGAAGGAAGAUGGUUUCUUCCCUAGCUAAAAAAAAUGCUACAUUUGUUUUACCAUUAUUAUUGCUCAACCAAAUGUCAAUUUCAUAUUUUGGUUUUGUGUCAUAAUUAGGGCUUGGAAUUUGUUUUUGUUUUUUUGUUUUUUUGCAUGCUUUGCCCUCUGACUUCAUACUCAAUUCAUUUUUCUAGUGCCCUCUUUCUAAAGGCAAAUGUUGCCCUUGAAAGGGGUGUCCUAAGCUUCCUAUGACUUCUGGAAAGAUGAAGAAAAGGACAAGAAUAUUUGGAGAAAGGACUAUUCAUUUUAGCACAACACUCCAGAUGAAGAAGGAAAUUUAACCUGCAUUUCAUGUAAGAUUUAAGCUAUUGGGAUGUGAGAUUAUUUAUGCACUUAUUAAUUUGUUUUUGCUAAUUGUUCAAGGAAGGUUAAUGGGAAGUCCCUGAAGCUCAGUCACGUAUUUUGGGGAAAAUCUAGGCUGGAUCCAGAUAUAGUCUCUGUAAAAAAGAAGAAUGUUUAAAGCUCCGCAUGAAUCAAAAGCUACAAGCUACAUUCAGUUCUUUGUAACACCAGCAAGCUGAGUUACUUUUUUGUUAAACAAUACCCAAAGCAAUGAACCAUUGAUAAAAUGACAUUCAAUUUCUAGGAAAUUCCCAAAUCAACACUUAGAACAAUCACAGCCAAAAGUCUCGUUUAUAAGCAGAGAUUGAAAGCCCAUUUGCGAAUGAAAAGAGUGAUAACAUCCAGCAUAGUCUUGUGAAUAAUUAAUUCCGUGGAGUGUUACAAUAUAUUGGUUAUGAUCCAAAAGAUUUGUGCACUUCCAGAUAGGUAAAAUUUCCUUUCAAAUAAUAGCAUCUUGCAGACCAUGUAUUGCUCUGACUUUUAAUGACCAUGCCUUUAAUUCUAUGUAUAGUUUCAUUAUAUUUUAGUUUUGUAUGAUGUAAUGUGAAGGCACACCGCAACAUGAUGUACUGUUUUAUACUUUCGAGUAUCCCAGACCUUCAGGUAGGGCCUUUGGGGAGCCUGGAGAUCUAUCAUCUAUGAACUUGUGGGAAAAUCAGGGGGAGGUCUGUAAGUCAGAGUAGAGCACAACCUUAUUCAAUCUGUGCUAUACCUAAGCAUUCAACCUUGUUCUAUCUGUCCCUCCCCUGAAUGAGGAACACGCAGGUGGAGGAAAGUGCUCUCAGUUGAUUUUGGAUGUCAAUUGGGACUCAACUGGUACCUGCAAAGGCCAGGUAAGAGUGGACAGUUUACACACUGCUUUCUCUCUUUUGGAUGUUCUCGAUGAUUGGAGAACAAUGGGGGAACUUCUCAGAGAGGACGUGGAUCUUGAAGAAGAGAGGAGUCUAGAGCCUUGAUUGGAAUUAAUUCUGGUCAUAUUCAGGCCUUGGGUUAAAGUCCCACCCCAACCUGGCCAUACACUAUAUACUGCAUUGUCUACAACAAUGAUUCUUAGUCUUUGGUCCAUUAGAUAUUUUGGGCUUUGGUUUCCAGAAUCUCAAACCAUUGGCUUUGCUGAUUGGGGCUUUUUGAACUUUAAGUCCAAAGAGUCUAGGAGACUAAAGGUUGAGGAAAAAAAACAGCUUAUACUAAUCUUCUCCAGAUUCUCCACACGUUUUCAACUAGGAUUCACAUCAUUGAUCAUUGGCUGUUGAAUCAAAUAGUUCAAAAUACAGUAGAGUCUCACUUAUCCAAGACUCACUUAUCCAAGCCUCUGGGUUAUCCAAGCCAUUUUUGUAGUCAAUGUUUUCAAUAUAUCGUGAUAUUUUGGUGCUAAAUUCGUAAAUACAGUAAUUACAACAUAACAUUACUGCGUAUUGAACUACUUUUUCUGUCAAAUUUGUUGUAUAACAUAAUGUUUUGGUGCUUAAUUUCUAAAAUCAUAACCUAAUUUGAUGUUUAAUAGGCUUUUCCUUAAUGCCUCCUUAUUAUCCAAGAUAUUCGCUUAUCCAAGCUUCUGCCGGCCCUUUUAGCUUGGAUAAGUGAGACUCUACUGUAUCUGAAGAGCAUCUCUUUUCUGAAUGACCUAAUAUUUCAAUAAAUUCAAAAAUAUGUUAAACAUAUUUCCUGAUCAAACCUUUCUAAAAAAAAAUGGCACCCUUAAAUGAAGAGAGAAGAUAUAUUAAAGAUACCUCCUGUUGUGUUGUUACAAAGAUCACUGACCAUGCUGAAUAAACAGUUGAUGAAACAAUUAAUUUAAUCUUAAGAAACUGCAAAGAAGUGGCAUAAUUAACUCAUAGCAUUGAAUAGAUUAUUUGAAAAUGAAAAUUAUCACCUUUAUGCACUUGAGACCACAAGCAAAUAAAUAUCAAUAAAAAAUUCAUAAAGGAAGAUGAGCCGUUUUCUUUCAUUUCCAUUACUCCAGGCCCUUCCAUGGAUUAGAAAAUCUUCCGAGUCAAUUCCUCAAUUCAAUUUGCAAUAAUGAAGCAAACCAGCCUCAUAUGGAACUCCCGCACUAUGGCUGUUCCUUGUUGUAUUGUUAUUUAGGGAUUACAUGGAAGUCUAACUACAGAAAAGACAUAACAUUGCUUGGGGCCCUUCUGAAGUGGAUCCCAGGAUUGCUAUUUACUAAAAUACUUAAUAGUGCUAAAUCCCAAGUGAACCUGGAAGCAAAGCUGUCAGUCCUGGUUAACACUGGCUAUGUGCAAAAGCGUUUAAUAAAUUAAAGACCUGGCUAUGUGCACAAUCGUUUUAACAAAUUAGCUUUUAUGGCUUCGACACGGUCUGGAUCAAGGAUUAUGUGCAAGGUUUUUGGACAAAUUGAUGUAUGCACUUUGUAUGUUUUAAGUUUUGUAUAUUCUCUCAUGUGUUUUAACGCCUAACAUAAAUUGCUUGUUAACUGCUUUGUUUUAUUGUA